AAUGAUAUUAUUGUUAUUAUAAAAAAAAAUGCAGCUGAAACUAAUAGGUACAUCUCUCGGUUCCUCGCUUUCGGCCAGAAUCAAUAUUAUGUUGAUUGAUUACAAUUAAUAUAAUAUACGACUAAUUUUUAAGAUAAUACAUGAAUAAGUUAUCUUAUUAAAUUAACCAAUUUAAUAACAUUGGUUAAAUUUAUAAAUCCACCUCCACCCAUGAAGACAAAUAUGAAAUUUGCUUUAAGCUGGCACUCGCUUAUAUAUUCCAUAAUGUAUAGCCGUAUAGGUCUAACAUUAUCAAACAAUUAAUAUAUUUUAUAGUAUCUAGAAUUCUAGAAUAUAGGGGGCAGUGGAAUACAAUGCACCAGUCAGGUUUCCUGGCUUUGGUUCUCAUGGAAAUAAAUAUUAAUAUAUAUAAAAGCGCGUGUAUUACCGGUUGUCAAUACAACAAAAAUGUCUAAUACAUUUAGUCGUAUUUUAAUUUUGAAAUACUAUUUGAAUUACUGAGAGGUUUGACAGACAAUAUUACAUAAUAGUUCCAAAUUAAACCGAAAUGCCAUAUUUUCCGAUAAACAAGUGUUUACCGGCGACCGUGGACAUACGUUUGCAGCACAGAUAUUCAGACGUUGGAACGGAGCUUUCGCGUACAACACAUUUCAAUAAAAUAGAAGUGCUCCGAUUGUUACAGAUGCAUUACAUGCUGACAAAAGACAAUACGAUACCCAUGGACAAGUUAAGUUUCAUACAGUUCAUGGACGUUUUUUUAGGGGUAAGGAACGUAGAUGCCGUGGAUAAAAUUUACCUGCUUUGUUCCGAAACGAACAAGGAACACUUGACUGGGGCCGAGUUCGUCAAGGUAUUGUCGAUGCUGUUGAAAGGAACCCUAGCCGACUUGAUUAACUUUUGCUUCGAAGUCUACACGGAGAUGAUCAGGUCGCCGAGAUACAUCAAAAAAGAGGACGUGCUACUGAUGGCCAGAAAAAACAGCAUGAAAAUGUGUAAAUUAGUCAAUAUGGAGGAGUACGAUCAGAGUUUCGUCGAUUUCGUCAUGACCGAGGUGGACAAUGAUCGCGACAACAGGAUUUCGCUGGAAGACUACCGUAAAGCUGUGCACGAAAAUGUCGCUUGGUUGCAGUUCUUGGGGCAGAUCCUUCCGGAUUGCACAAAAAAGGAGUCAUUUACGCGGUUAUUUACGGAUCGACCAUACGUCAAUAAUAUUGAAACCACAGCUGCAGCAAUGACUCGGAAAAACAGGGAGAGUAUCGCCAAAAUGAACUUGCUGAAAUCGACAGUAAGCCCAACCGAUAUCACCGGCAGUAGUGCGUCAUUUUCCAGUAAUUCUACUUUUUUGGUGGUUAAAAACGACCCAAAUCAUUUGGCUAAAGCGAAUCAAUUAAUAGCAGAUGGAAAUUAUUUAACAUUAUUUUAAGAAACUAUA